AUAAUAUGGCGGCCGCCACGCGCCCGUGGUGUUUCGCGUCUCUACGCACUUCGUAAGACGGUGGUUUUGAUGGAAAUUUCCACUGUUUACAGCUCGUCCAUCCGAAGUCAUUCAGUUGUUCCGCGUCAGGGAAUUUUGUGAAGGCGAGAGGGAGUGUCACAUCAGCACACGGGAUUGAGAGAUUGUCGCGGCGGCUUGAAGGCUAAGCAGCUACUAGCGGGUCGAUAGGUUUGUUAUUAGCCACCUUGGCUAACAGAUGUCGGACUGUGUUUCGCUGCACUGAUCCCCAUCAUCAUCACGCACGGCGGCGGUCGGUCUCUGAGGCGAUCGGGAUUCGGGUGCGAUUUUGCGCGAGUCAUUCAUUCCGUGUCGUGUGGACAUGGAGUACCACGGCGGCGGGUCGGGAGUGGUGCUGGUCGGAGCCACCAACGUCCCCGCGUUUCUCACCAAACUGUGGACUUUAGUGGAGGAUCCGGACACCGAUUCGCUCAUCUGCUGGAGCCCGAGCGGCAACAGCUUCCAUGUGUUUGACCAGGGCAGAUUCUCCAAGGAGGUCCUUCCUAAGUACUUCAAGCACAAUAACAUGGCUAGCUUUGUGCGUCAGCUUAAUAUGUACGGCUUCCGCAAAGUGAUCCACAUCGAGCAAGGCGGACUGGUGAAGCCAGAGAAGGAUGAUACAGAGUUCCAGCAUCCAUACUUCAUCAGGGGUCAAGAGCAUUUACUGGAGAACAUCAAACGGAAGGUCACCAGUGUUUCAAAUAUUAAACACGAGGACCUCAAGCUCAGCCAAGACGAGGUCUCCAAACUACUGAGUGAUGUACAGUUUAUGAGGGGAAAGCAGGAAACCAUGGAUUCCAAGAUCAUCGCAAUGAAGCAUGAAAAUGAAGCUCUCUGGAGGGAGGUGGCCAGUCUUAGACAGAAACAUGCUCAGCAACAGAAGGUCGUCAACAAGCUCAUUCAGUUCCUGGUCACGCUGGUGCAGUCCAACAGAGUUCUGGGUAUGAAGAGAAAAAUUCCUUUGAUGCUGAAUGACAGCAGCUCUGCGCAUUCAUCACCCAAGUUCAGCCGCCAGUACUCUCUGGAGCACCUGCAGGGAACCUCGACCUUCUCGGCAUCCUCCCCAUACACAGGAGCAAAGGUGUACUCCGAUGCCCCUGUGAAAUCGGGUCCGAUCAUCUCUGACGUGACAGAUUUGUCCCACUCUAGUCCUGCUGAGGUCACUGAGGAACAGACAGAGGAGAGUAUGAGUCCGCCAGGAGUGCAUAUUAAGGAGGAGCCUAGGAGCCCUGCUCACAGCCCUGAGGUGGAGGAGGUGGUCGAGGACGUGGCCAGCACCCCUGCCGAAACCCCCCUGUCACCCACCACCUUCAUCAACUCCAUCCUGCAGGAGAACGAGUCAGCCCCUGCCAGGCCACAGACCGAGCAGAAGUGUCUGAGCAUUGCCUGUCUGGACAAUUCCCCGCAGAUGUCGGGGAUCUCUUGCGUUUUCCCCAGCACUUCCUCAUCCUCCCUUCCUCCCAGACCACACCCAGGGAAUGAGCUAACCGAACAUUUGGACAACAUUGAUAAUGGAUUGGAUAACCUUCAGACAAUCCUGAAUGGACAGUCCAUCAAUUUUGACCCAUCACCUCUUUUUGACAUAUUCAGCCCACCGAACACAGAGUUCAGCUUGCCUGAUUUGGACACAAGUCUUGCAAGCAUUCAAGACUUGCUGGCUCAAGAUCAGAAAGUGGCUGAAACGCAUGAAAAUCCUGCAGAUGCUGGCAAGCAGCUAGUGCAGUAUACAGCUCAGCCGGUGCUCCUGGCCGACCCAGUCAGCAGCGACGCAGUCGGAGAGGACCUGCCCAUCUUACUGCAGCUGGAAGGGGACAGCUACUUUAGCGGGGACCCUGAGGACCCCACCAGCUCGCUUCUCACCGGCGACUACCAGCCCAGUGCCGACGAGGAAGCCUGUCUUCCUUAGGACCGCUGUUACUGCCCCAUAUGCCAUGUACGCAGAUAAACCGGGCUGCAGAAAAUCUCUCUCAAAAUUUGUUGCAUUAGAGUUAAUUUAAUAUGACUCAGGAGGAAGUGUCUGGUUGGUUUGUUCUGACUGUCACCAAGUUUGUUUGAGAGACAUUUCACAGGAUUUCCCCCCCCUUUUUGUUCUCCCCAGGUUGGGUUCAUUAGCAGUUUCAGUUGUUGAGUAAAAGAUAAAAGCAGGAUUUUUUGUGCACUCUGUUUGCCCACUGGGCCUAAGGGAGAGUUUAUUUAACAUAUAUGCAUUCAUGUCAAUCUUUGUGCUGUAAAAAGUUUAUAAAGUAGAACAUCUGCUCAGAGCUGGGGAAGUUUGAUCAUAAGGAAUGCUGUGGAAUGCUUCACUAGAAAACAGUUUCAUACUGUUCUUAGUUUGCAGGAAAAAGUAUGGAAAUAAGAAUAGACUAUACUGCAAUAGCCUCGUCAAUUUUAAUGGUAUGAUACAGAUUCAUAAUUUCAACAGAUUGCCGUUUCACUCAAACACACACUGUCAUUCUCCUCAUAUUUGAAUACAACUCUGGUUGGAAGCGUUGCAUAAUUAGUUGAAUAAUCGUUUAUUUUAGAUACUACAUCCCAAAUGAGGUGUUGGUUUAAAGAGUACUAUUUUUAUAAGCUAAACCAUACACAUGGUUUAACAAGAGUGUAAAAUGUAAGCUAUAUGUUUCGAGUGACAUUUUUUUUCUACUCGAUUAGCCAUCCUCCUGUUUAGGUGUGGUCUGCCAAGCUGCAGGAGAUUCGAUUGUACAAACAAGAUGCUGUAUGAAUGAAAAGCACUGUAUAUGAUUAUUCUAAGUACCAUACACUUAUUUUUCCCUUUUUUAACGUAACAGAAGUCAUCUUUGAUUCUCUUCCUUACCCAAUUUUUUUUUUUUUUUUUUUUUU